AUGAGGUGUCAUUAUUGUUUUAAUUGCAAUAAGACUGCGAAAUAUCACUGCUUUUGCUGUCCAAAAGGCGUGUGUCAGCGGUGUGCAGAUAGCGUUGAUUUUGCAUGUAUUAAAGACACCAAAGGGUUCUGUCAUAGUUGUGUGAAGCUUGCACUACUUGGGGAGGCAGGCGAAACUGUAGACUCUGAUGGGAAUUCUUUGGACUUUAGUAAUCGAGAAACAUUUGAGUGUCUAUUCUUGGAAUAUUGGGUUAUAAUUAAGAAGGAGGAGAAUUUGACAUCGGAAGAUCUUCAAUCUGCAAAUACUGCUCUUAAAAAUUGGAACAAAAGUAUUAGUUCUGACUCAGUUUUGGUUGAGAGUUCAGAAAGCGAUACAAUGUCAAGCUUCUAUAGUGAAGAUGAAGAAAAAGAAAUAAAGUCCCCACAAGUAAUGAAGAAAUCCAAAGAUGAAGCGUCUGGAAGCAAAAACAAAGCUGCCAAACCAAAAAGAAAAUUUAUUGACUGGGGAUCAGAAGCUCUCAUCGAAUUUCUUACAUCUAUUGGUAAACAGACAAUCGAUAAAUUAUCACAGUAUGAGGUGUCUUCUAUUGUCAGUCGAUACAUCAGUGAUAACAACUUAUGUAGUAUGGAAAAGAAGAAGAAGGUUUUGUGUGAUGCGAGAUUACAAUCACUAUUUCAGAAGAAAACACUGAACAAAAACAAAAUAUAUGACCUCCUAGAACUCCAUUUUGCUGAAAACAUUGAAGUACUCGACGAUGAAUUCUGGUCAUUUUUAUCGGAUGAGGAUGAUGAUGGUGUGACGGCGUCAACAAAAAAGAAGAGAACAUUAAGCACAAUUAAGGAAGCUGCAGAAACAGAGGAAGUGCAGGAGGAGGGUCCAAAAAGUUGUUUUGCAUCAAUUGUUGAGGAAAACAUCAAGCUUGUCUUUCUCAUGAAGAGUCUAGUGAAAAAAAUGUUGGAUAACAACGAGUCUGAGGCUUUUGAUGCCAAAGUAAUAGGCUGCUUUGUGAAAAUCAGAUCAGACCCAAUGGAUUACUCGCAGAAAAAACCGUUUUCAACUCGUGCUAAUAACAGGUUUGUAUUUGCACAUAUCAUGCAUCCAUAUUAA